CACGACGUAGUCCACACCACGCGCCACGCCACGCGACGCCACCGUCCGCGCGCUAGCUCUUCGUCAAGUCCGUCCGCCCGUCGUCCACGCUCACGACUCCGCGCCACAUGCCGGCCGUCAGCCGGUUCAACGCCCCCGCCGGCCCGGUGCCCAGCUUAUAGCCUCGCCCACGCCAUCCCACCACUCGUGCCCGCCGACCCCCGACCGAUCCAGCCGAUCCGGCCAUCCUCCCCAGCCUCUCCAGCUCAACCAAGCCCCGCUUGCCGACAUGGGGUGCGGCUUCUCUUCGGGGGCGUCGGGCGGCGGUGGCGGGCUGCGGCCGUUCGCGGGGGUGCGGGUGAUCCACACCAACGGCUACGUGGAGGACUUCCCCGCCGGCGAGGACGGGGCGCCCGUCACCGUCGCGCGCGCCACCGCCUCCUCCCCCUCAUCGUGCCGGUACGUGCUCUGCUCGUCGGCGCACCUGCUGCAGCCGGGCCGCGCGCUGUUCCGGCCGGAGGACGCGCUGCAGCCGGGCACCGUCUACUUCCUGCUCCCGCACUCCAUCUUCCAGGCCGAGUCCUCCGCCGUGGACCUCGCCUGCCUCAUGAACCGCCUCACCGCGCUCGCGCGCAAGGGCGGCGGCCCGGCGCCCAGCGCCGUCGACUCGCUCUUCUCCGGCGACGCCCAGCACCGCCGCGGCAGCCCCGAAGCCGAGGGCCAGACCGCGAAGCCGCCCCGCCCCGCCCCCAAGAGCUGCGCCGCCGCCGCAUCGACGGGGCCGUGGCGGCCGCGGCUCGACCGGAUCGACGAGUCCAUGGGCCGCUCCUCCAUGCGGAGCGCGUCCACCCUGAGCAACCGCAGCAGCCAGGACUAGCUAGGAUCUUCUUCUGCUCGUUGUCGUCCCCGUUGCUGCCGUUUCGUUUUUGUUGCUUGCUUGCAGUGAUUUGUAGUUUUGUACCGCCAUGAAAGAACUAGAUUUUUCUCUUUCUGUUAGUGCCAUCAAGAGGAAUAUAGCUCUGCUUGUCCUCCAUUUUCCCUGCUUGUUCAUAAUCAAUCUGUACAUUUUGCAGUGAUUUGUACUAGUAUCAGAAACCAGAUUUCCUACUAUUCUCUUGUC